GUGAGGUGGGAGGAUGUACUCCAGUGUGUGGUGGUGGGAGGAUGGUUGGUGGUGGACCAAGUUGGGAAAUGGUCUUCACCAAUCUUUGCCGUGGCCCCGGGCAACCCUCACUGCUCCUCUUUCUCGGUCUGCCGACCUGUCGUGACCCACGGAAGUGGCUGCAUGUCUAUUUUAGAACAGUGUUUUGUGUACAUACAUAC